AUGGAAUUCGAGAGCCCAGUUUGCCACGGUCUUGCACCUAGCUGGAUUGCAUCUGUGCAUGGAUCUCGCACCAAUUGCGUUUCCGAGGGGUUGUCUAGCCUCCCCAGCGGUUUUCCUCAUCAUCUGCAUCAAGACCUUGCUUGGACAGGUCCUCAGCUAGACAGUAGUGAGCCCCACUACAUUCUCAGCUUGACCGCAGACGAGCUGGUGGAAGUACGAUCCGCCAAAGAUCACUUCAAAGCACUGGAAUUGGACGGAGAUUUAGUCAGUCGAGAAAAUUUCCCUCUUCCCACCCUUGGCUCUAAGCUAGAAGCGCUUGGUCAAGACCUUUAUAAUGGGAAGGGCCUCUCGGUUGUUCGUGGUAUCAACCCAGAUGAUUACUCUGUCGAGGACCUUACCAUCAUCUGGUUGGGAAUUCAAGCCUACAUUGCCGAUCAGAGAGGAUGCCAAGAUCAUCGUGGAAAUAUGCUUGUCCACAUCGUCGCCGAUGGCUCCUCCAUGAUGAAGCUGGGCCACCACCGGCACUCUACCUCCGCUAUUUCGUUUCACAAUGAGGAGGCAGGCGAUGUGGUUGCUUGGUUAACCCGCAGCACGGCAGCUUCCGGUGGCAAGUGUAUUGUUGCUUCAGCAUACACGAUAUACAACGUUCUAGCGGCCCAUCGUCCCGACAUCAUACGUACCCUUGCAAAAUCGGAUUGGCCGUUUGCUUUACCUCACUUCCAAUGUCGUCCGAUACUAUUUUACCAGGACUCGAGGUUGAUCAUGAAUUUUGGCCGCACACCCCUACUGGGUAAUGCCGUCCACCCACGCCCAGAGCAUCUCCCAAAACUCAAUGAUCGCCAACGCGAGGCGCUCGAUAUAGUCGAAGCCAUCGCCCAGGCAGUUCAGCUUGAAAUCAAAACCCAGGCUGGCGAUAUGCAUUUCAUCAACAACCUUGCCGUACUUCAUAGACGGGAAGGUUUCGUCGAUGGCCAAUCCGCUCAGCAGAAGAGACAUCUAGUCCGCAUGAGACUAAGAAACCCGCAGCUAGGGUGGGAUAUCCCCGACGAUCUAAAGCAGGAAUGGCACGAUGCAUUCGAGACAGACACUUGCCAGACGUGGCACCUCGAGCCGAUGCCCGGCGACGUGUUCCCCCUCCGCAAAUACACUAACUAA